CGUUUAGCAUUUACUUUUGGUAUCGGGACACACCGAUUCUGGAGUGUCAUGCAUAUCAGAGGGAUAGCUAGCUGCCUGGUUAUUUCGUUACUCGGUUGACAAAGCCAACUUGUCCUUGUCUACGUUUUUCUCACUCUCUUGUGCCGCUUUCGUUUUUCAUUCUUGUGUGUAGUGUGUGACGAGUGAUACCUCGCUUUAUUCUCGGUAAACUUGAAGAUUCUUGUUUUUUGACUCACUAAGAUAUUAAUAAUACACAAAAAUAAGCCUCGCAAACAAUUUCCCAAAAAAGAUAGCGCUUUCUCGCGUUAUCAGAUAACACCGGCACUCAAAACUUACCUAACAACACUGCAAAUUAGAGGCUGAAAAUGUCUGAACCGACUCUGCAACAUGUUGAAUCUGUGGAUGAGGAGGGUGAAGCUAUGCCUAACUACAAGCCGCCACCGGAAAAGAGUAUUGAGGAAAUUCUUGAAGCUGACAAAGAAGAUGAGAGUUUAAGAAAAUACAAAGAAGCUCUCCUUGGUGAAUCUAAAACGGGUGGAGUUGUUGUUGAUCCAAGUGAUUCCAGGAAAGUAAUUGUUAAAAAAUUAGCCUUAUGUGUGCAAGAUCGACCUGAUAUGGAGUUAGAUUUAACAGGAGAUUUAUCUCAGUUGAAAAAACAAACAUUUGUUAUUAAAGAAGGUAUCAGUUAUAAAAUAAGAAUUGAUUUCAUUGUGCAAAGAGAAAUUGUGCAUGGAUUAAAGUAUGUUCAAAAGACUUACCGCCUUGGUGUGCCUGGAGUGUCAGGUAAUUCAAGAGUUGAUAAAAUGACGCAUAUGGUCGGAUCGUACGCUCCAAAAACGGAAAUCCAAUCGUACACGACUCCACCCGAAGAUGCACCAUCCGGUGUGAUGGCUCGUGGCUCGUAUACCGUCAACUCGCUGUUCACCGACGACGACAAACAUGAACACCUCAAGUGGGAAUGGACGUUCGAGAUCAAGAAGGACUGGAAAGAAUAGAUUUCUUUGGAGGGGUCUUAACUCUUUUUCUCUUACUCAAGAGUCUUGCAAAAAGAAAAGAAAGAACGACGAAAACAAAUUGCCUUCGUUUCGACCAAUGAUGAAGAGUAAUUACGGUUAAGGACGGAUAAAUUCGUGUAUGCCAAACAUGUUUAAUUGAUUUUCAAUUGCUUUUGUAAUUUUCAUGCUAGUGUCGCGUUUAGUAAUACCAUAAGAUUCGAUAAUUAUUAUUACUAUAUUGUUGAAUAAUAAGGACACUUAUUUUUAAUUAGUACGUACUUUUUACUUUCAUUGCUUUGUAUCGUACAUAACUUUUACUUUGCAGCUACUUUACGUUCUGUGAAUGUGUGUUAUGUGUCUAAAGACACAGUAAUAGUAUGUAUAUAAACGGUUGAUGUUAUUUAUCCAUUGCAUUUCAAAGAGUAAAUGCUACUUACAAAGUAUUAAAAGAAAAAAGCUCCCAAUGUGAACACACAGUGCCGAAUACUAAACUUAAGAUAUACGAAAAAUACUGCUCAACGACUACUUGAGAUUGUUAGGAACAUUUUUGGAACUUAGAAAAUCAAACAUCAAACCAAUAAGAAUAAACAUAUACUUGAUUGAGAGAAUUUCGAUUAUUAUAGCAAAGCCAUAUUAUAUAUAUUGGUAAAUAUUUUUGAGAUUACCUAUUGAUAUAGCAUAAACACAAGUAUAAUUUUAACAUUCUUAGUGUUGGAAGAGAUAGUUGUUAAAGAGAAGUAUGUUACAUGUUUUUUCAAACACGUUGCUCAUCUUAAAUGGGAAAUGAAUAGAAAAGAGUAUUUAAAAUACACAGUUACAUUCACACAUAAGCACACAUACAGAUACAUUGUAGUACAAGUAAACCUUUUGCACUAAUUGUCACAAAACAAAUCUCGUGAAAAGUAAUAUUCAAGCGCGAACUGAAAGUAGUACCAUACAUACAUCGAACAUAUUAUUAUAUAUUAUUAUAUUACACACCAAGCAUACAAGUGUGCGAGGUGUGCUUUUGGUGCAAGAUGUGCAUAAUUUGCAAAAUAAAGUAUGCCUGAUGCCCAAUGCAUUUGAAAAUAUAUAUUCGUCGUCGCAUCUGGUAUACCGAUAUUACAUAUUGUGUAUGCGAAAAAGAGAAAACAAUCUAUUGUCAGCACCGAAUAUGCAGUUACUAAACUUAAAUAUACACAUUUUUUUUCAUUUUUCAUCAACGUGUU